AUGGUCAGCGUGGAUUGGAUUGCGAGAUGUGCGGAGGCCGGAAGACUAUUGGGAGAGGAAGAUGGCUGGGCAGGGUGUAGAAAGGGAGGUGCUCCUGUCACGUUAGCCCAGGUCGAGCGGACGACAUCCACCCCUCAGCCCUCGAACAUCAAUCCAGCAAGCGAACAGACUGCUCCUACGGCUCCUCUCCAACCGGAACCUACUGCACGGACUCGUGCCAUUUUCUCGCCCUCGUCCUCGGACGUGGCUCCUCUUUCACUUUCCCCGAGUGGGGAUCUCGGCCUAUCGGCGUCACUCCAAUCUGCCAGAGAAGCGCGCCUGCGACGGUCAGAGGAGACCAGACUCUUGGUAUUGAGGAUAUUCAAGCGGGAUUUUGAUCUGCCAGGGAUCUCGGGUGGGACGGUCGGGGCAGCUGUGGCGAAAGAGACGGGCCUCCUGCCGCAAAGCAUCGGAGUCUGGUACUUGAAGUGGAAGAAGCGGGAUGAGAGCUACAAGAAUGUUCCAGAGGAGUUCCAGCCGAGCAGGAAGAAGAAGGGCGGAGGUGUGAAGGGGCACACUCCACCACGAGCAUCGUAUCAAAGCGUCACACGGGUAGCCGUCCCCGCUAAGCGCAAGGCCCCUAUGCUGGAGAAGGACACCACUCGCCAGAAGAAGACGCCCGAGGAGCUACAUGAGCUCAUGCGCCGAGCUCAUCCCCUUGCUCUCAAGGAUGACGCAGGCGCAGAGGAUGCGCUCCGCUGGCUUCACAAGGAGUGUGCUGAAUACAGCAAACAAUCUUGGCCUAAGAUGUAUCGAGAGUGGCGUCGUGGAGAAGGUCGCUUUGCCCAGCUCGAUUUUGAUACCUACCAUACCAAGCACUCGGCCAUUUUCGACCCACUUUUACCUCGUAUCCGACAGGGCGAAUCCGUCGACCGGCUGGCCGCUGAACUCUCAAAAGGCAUGUCGACUGCUGUCUGGACAACCCGACUGACCGACUGGCUACGUACCCUCCCGCCGAAUGUCCCACUUCCCCAACAAGACCUGUCGAAGCAAGAGGCAAACAAGAGAAGGCUGGCAAUGGCAAAGCUGUUCAAGCAGGGUUACGACGUACCUAAUCUCAAGCUGGCGAAUGUCGGAGAGGAGCUGGCGCAAACAUGCGAGUACGGCGCUACGACCGUCUCUUCCUAUUAUAGUCUCUGGCGGGCUCGACAUCCACGAUUCGCCUUCCUUGAUGAACAGUUCCAACCCACACUGGCCGUCUACCCCCCUCCAGCGCCGGCACGCCAACCGGCUGCACUCUCUUCCCGGGAGGCGCCCAGCGCCAUGUCGACUGGUCAGGCUUCGAGGAAACGACGAAAGACAACGGGCGUCGCGCAGCUAUCGGGCGGAGACAGGCAUGAGGUCGUGCGAUCUACGUUGUUGGGGAUGGAAGAGGAGGAGGAGGAUGUUUCGGAGAAGUGCCUCAGCUCGGACGGGAGCGCGUAUGGGAGUGUUUACGAGUGCUAG